GACAGAGUGAAGUGUUGUCGGACUUUACUCAGUUUAAGUUUUCACUUUUAGUUUUAGAAUGGAAUCCAGCGAUAUGAACGAUUCGGGGUUGCGAACUGCUGGCAGUGAGCAGAAUUUGCUGUCCAGGCCGGAUGGAUCAGCAACAUUUACACAAGGAGACACGUCAGUGAUGGCAGCAGUGUAUGGUCCAGCUGAUGUACGACAGAAUAAAGAAAUCAUUGACAGGGCUACAGUAGAGGUCAUCUACAAGCCCAAGUCUGGCAUGCCUGGGAUCCGGGAAAAGUCCAAAGAGCAGCUGAUUCGAAACACCUGUGAGACAGUCAUUCUAACAGCCAUGCAUCCACGGUCAUCCAUCACCAUAGUAACACAAGAAGUACAAGACUCUGGAGCACUCUUGGCAUGCUGCAUAAAUGCUUCCUGCAUGGCCCUUAUGGAUGCUGGCGUUCCAAUGAAGUGUCUGGUUGCUGCAGUCACCUGCAUGCUUGACAGCGAAGAGAGGCUGGUACUAGACCCAACAGACAAACAAGCGAAGGAUGCCCUGUGUUUAGCCACCUUUGCUUUUGACAGCACAAACAAAAAGGUUGUCACCUCAACAUUCCAGGGGUCAUGUACAAUGCAACAGUACCAGUCUCUUCUGGCAUCUUGCCAAACAGCGAGUCAGAAGGUGUUUGACUUUUAUCGGACCUCAGCGGAGCGAAGACUGGCCAAGUCAUGAUGCAAAUUCCCUUCAAUGCCGUCAUCAAUUUGAAAAGGUUCUCUCCUGGAGUCUUCUGACAGGGCCGGCUAUUUUUAUUGUGUAAAGUUGCCAGAUCGAGGCUGUGCAUGCCCAAUGGCGGAGUGUGAAAAAAAGCAAAUGGCACUCUUCUUCAUACACCAUUGUGAUGAUUUUGUGGUAAUCAGUGGAAAGCUGAAAUUCAGGGCGUGGCGUCAAUUGCGUAAAUGUGAUGACUGUCCAAUGUAUUGUAAAUAGGCUCCUAAGAUACCCAAACAAUGUACAAAUCGGCCAACGAAAGCCCUUAUUUUUGUUCUAUAAUUUCAUUUUUAAGAUUUCUGUGUGGAACCCCGAUUUAUAUACAUUAUAGGAGCUUGGUGGCUCACAUCCCCACCUGGCUCCCAUAGAAAAACACACUUGUAAACAAAGCGUGACGUCAUUAUGUGUAAGGGCUAUUCACUUCAGUCACCAUUGCCGUUAUGAUUGAGGAAUGAACAUUAAAGGCCUACAAUUUACAAAUAACCCGAA